CAGUCUUUUAUUUCUCCUGCCUAUUGGAACUGACCCAGCUUCUGAAGAGAAAGUGAAAGUAAAUGCAGACAGUUUGCCUCGGCUGAGAGCACUGCAACACUGGAUAUACUUUAUACAUAUAUAUCUCUUUCAUUCAAGUCUCCCCCCAACACACAUGCACAUGGAAUAGUAGCCUAAUACCAUCACUUGUCUGGGCCUUUCUAUCCUGUAAUGAACGACUUGAAGGUGGACUUUUAUUUUGAUUUAUAAACAGCCAAGGAGACUGAAGAAAAUGCUUAACACUGCAAAGUCAAGAAGAAUAAGAGGCUUCCCAUUAUGUGUUGUGGUUCUGUACUUUAUUUGCACAUCUUUUAGCAUACAGCCUACCUUAGCAGCUAGCGAGGCAACGGAAAAUGCAAAAAAAUUUCCUUGGGAGAACCUAAGGUUACCUCAAUUUGCGGCUCCUUUUCAUUAUGACCUUCAAAUCCAUCCUAAUCUAACCACUUUUACAUUUACUGGCCUUACCAAGGUUAUGGUUACAGUAACCCAGAAAACUAGCUUUUUGGUCCUUCAUAGUAAAAAUUUGGAAAUUACAAAGACAAGUAUAGAAAGAAAAAUGGGAAAGAACCCAGUGCUUCAGGACCUGUUGCUUCUUGAGCAUCCUGUAAAUGAGCAAAUUGCACUUCUUACUGCUGAUCCAUUAAUUCCUGGAGAAAACUAUACAAUCUACAUUGAGUAUAACGCCAACCUUUCACAGAGUUUUCGUGGCUUUUAUAAAAGUACCUACAGAACUAAAGAUGGAGAGGUCAGAGUACUUGCAUCAACCCAAUUUGAGCCUACAGCUGCAAGAACAGCCUUCCCGUGUUUUGAUGAGCCCGCCUUCAAAGCUAGCUUCUCAAUUCAAAUCCGAAGAGAACCAAAGCACCACGCUGUGUCUAACAUGCCUAUAGUGAAGACAGUGAAUAUUGGAGGAGGGCUGCUUGAGGACUAUUUUGCUGUUAGUGUGAAGAUGAGCACAUACUUGGUGGCCUUUAUUGUCUCAGACUUUAAAUCAAUCAGUCAAGUAACAGAUCAUGGAGUUACGAUUUCUGUGUAUGCUGUUCCAGAGAAGAUAGAUCAGGCAGAGUAUGCGCUAAAGGCAGCUGUAAAAUUGUUGGACUUUUAUGAAGACUACUUCAACAUUCCAUACCCUUUACCAAAACAGGAUCUGGCUGCAAUACCUGAUUUCCAAUCUGGUGCUAUGGAAAACUGGGGUCUGACAACCUACAGGGAGACCAUGUUGCUUCAUGAUCCAAAAACAUCAACCGCAUCACAUAAACUCUCGGUUACUAUGGUAAUUGCCCAUGAGCUGGCACAUCAGUGGUUUGGGAAUUUGGUAACAAUGGAUUGGUGGAAUGACCUUUGGCUUAAUGAAGGCUUUGCUAAAUUUAUGGAAUAUGUUUCAGUCAGAGUUACCUAUCCAGAGCUGCAAGUGGAGGACUAUUUCUUGGACAAAUGCUUUCAAGCUAUGGAUGUUGAUUCACUCAACUCCUCUCAUGCUGUGUCUACACCUGUGGAGAACCCAGAAGAGAUACAAGAAAUGUUUGAUGAGGUCUCAUAUGAUAAGGGUGCCUGCAUUCUUAAUAUGCUAAUGGACUACAUGGGUGCGGAAAGCUUUGAAGCUGGGAUUGUGUCUUACUUACGUCGGUACAGUUACCGCAAUGCUAGGAAUGAAGACCUGUGGAACAGCAUGACUGAUGUUUGCCCCUCAGAUGAGACAAACAAUGGAUACUGUACAAAGACACGCCAAACAUCUCACUGGACCAAAGGUAAUAUUAUUGAUGUAAAGUCGAUGAUGAAUACUUGGACUUUACAAAAAGGUUUCCCAUUGGUGACUGUAACAGUGAAAGGGAAGUAUGUUUAUCUUCAUCAGGAGCAUUAUCUGAAAGGGAGCAUUGAUACUGAGGCAUCUGGAUUACUUUGGCAUAUUCCUUUGACGUAUAUCACAAGCAAAUCUAACGUGGUGCAAAGAUUUCUGCUGACCAAUAGAACAGAUGUCCUAGUCCUGGCUGAAGAGGUGGAAUGGAUAAAGUUCAAUGUGGGGAUGAACGGUUACUACAUUGUACAUUAUGAAGGGGAAGGUUGGGAUGCAUUAAUUCAACUCCUGCAGAAGAACCACACGGCUACCAGCAGCAACGACCGAGCCAAUCUCAUUAAUAGUGCUUUCCAACUAGUAAGCAUUGCUCGAUUGCCCAUUGACAAAGCUCUCAGCCUUUCUUUGUAUUUGAAAAACGAAGAUAAAAUAAUGCCAGUAUUCCAAGGGAUGGAUGAGCUGAUUCCAAUAUACAAACUAAUGGAAAGGAGAGAUAUGCAGGAAGUUGAAAAUCAAAUGAAGAACUAUAUCCUAAAUCUGUUUCGCAAGUUGAUCGAUGCCCAGUCCUGGACAGAUGAGGGCAGUGUUUCAGAGAGAAUGCUGCGCAGCUCACUGCUCCUGUUUGCCUGUGUGCGCAAGUACCAGCCGUGUGUGCAGAAAGCAGAGGAGUAUUUUAAGAGAUGGCAGGAGUCCAAUGGAACAAUAAGCUUGCCGCGGGAUGUUGCAUUAGCUGUUUAUGCUGUGGGUGCUCAGACUAAUGAAGGAUGGGACUUCCUCUUUGAGAAAUACAAGACGACUCUCUCAGGAAGUGAAAAGAACCAGAUCCAACUAGCGCUGACCAUCACUUCUCUUAAACAUAAGUUACAGUGGCUUAUGGAAGAAGGGAUGAAAGGGGAUCAUGUCAGAACACAAGACCUCCCCCAUAUUGUCCUGUGUGUGAGUAGGAACCCAGUGGGUCAUACAUUGGCUUGGGAGUUCCUCAAGAACAACUGGGGCAACUUGGUGCAAAAGUUUGAGCUGGGAUCUCGUACUAUUGGCAGCAUGGUUGUUGGAAUCACAAAGCAGUAUUCAACUAGAGAAUGGCUGAAAGAGGUUACCGGAUUCUUCGACUCAUUAAAGGAAAUGGGGUCCCAGCUGCGCUGCGUUCAACAAGCAAAGGAGACAAUUGAGGAGAACAUUAGAUGGAUGGAUAAGAACUUUGAUCUUGUUAAAGGCUGGUUAGAGAAUAACAGCUAGACAUUUGUUCCAUGUUUCAUAGCGACUGACACGGGCCUUACUAUACACAGAUAUUCUUUUGUUUUGGUUUUUAAACAAUUUCUAUUUCAACUGAAUGAAAGGCAUCAAAAUGCAUCAUAGUUACUUUUCAUUUACUUGAAAAGGAAAAGCCUGGCAGCACCUGUACUUGUACCUUUUAGCUGGAAAACACUCUGGCUGAAAACAUUUCCCAUUGAAGGAUUGAGAGGUGUUUGGGCCAAUUCGUGCCAUCACAUUAUUUAUUAUAUGCCAGCAUCUGUAGCCAUGAAUGCAAUUUUUGCCUGAUUGGGUCACCAAAUUUAAUAAGUUGAUAUCAUAAUUGGUGCAUAUGUUAAUUGAUGAGGAAAAGACCUAUCU